AUGGAGCCACCACGGGCCCCCCCUGCCAACGGGGCCGAGCCAUCCCGGGCAGUGGGCACUGUCAAAGUGUACCUGCCCAACAAGCAACGCACAGUGGUGACUGUCCGGGAUGGCAUGAGUGUCUACGACUCUUUAGACAAGGCCCUCAAGGUGCGGGGACUCAAUCAGGAUUGCUGUGUGGUCUACCGGCUCAUCAAGGGUCGAAAGACAGUCACCGCCUGGGACACAGCCAUUGCACCCCUGGAUGGCGAGGAGCUCAUUGUGGAGGUCCUUGAAGACGUCCCCCUGACCAUGCACAAUUUUGUACGGAAGACAUUCUUCAGCCUGGCCUUUUGUGACUUCUGCCUUAAGUUUCUGUUCCAUGGCUUCCGCUGCCAAACCUGUGGAUACAAGUUCCACCAGCAUUGUUCCUCCAAGGUCCCCACAGUCUGUGUUGACAUGAGUACCAACCGCCGACAGCCCUCAAGGUUCUACCACAGUGUCCAAGAUUUGUCCGGAGGCUCCAGACAGCAUGAGGCUCCCUCGAACCGCCCCCUGAAUGAGCCACUCACCCCUCAGGGUCCCAGCUCCUGCACCCAGCACCGCGACCCCAAGCACUUCCCCUUCUCUGCCCCGGCCAACGCCCCCCUCCAGCGCAUCCGCUCCACAUCUACCCCCAACGUCCACAUGGUCAGCACCACGGCCCCCAUGGACUCCGGCCUCAUCCAGCUCCCUGCCCAGAGUUUCAACACUGACGCUGCUGGGAAUAGAGGUGGUGGCGAUGGAACCCCCCGGGGGAGCCCCAGCCCAGCCAGCAUGUCCUCGGGGAGGAAGUCCCCACAUUCCAAGUCCCCGUCAGAGCAGCGGGAGCGGAAGUCCUUGGCCGAUGACAAGAAGAAAGUGAAGAAUCUGGGGUACCGGGACUCGGGCUAUUACUGGGAGGUGCCACCCAGUGAGGUGCAGCUGCUGAAGAGGAUCGGGACGGGCUCGUUUGGGACCGUGUUUCGUGGGCGGUGGCACGGUGAUGUGGCCGUGAAGGUGCUCAAGGUGGCCCAACCCACAGCUGAGCAGGCCCAGGCCUUCAAGAACGAGAUGCAGGUGCUCAGGAAGACACGUCACGUCAACAUCUUGCUGUUCAUGGGCUUCAUGACCCGGCCGGGAUUUGCUAUCAUCACACAGUGGUGCGAGGGCUCCAGUCUCUACCACCACCUGCACGUGGCCGACACACGCUUCGACAUGGUCCAGCUCAUUGAUGUGGCCCGGCAGACUGCCCAGGGCAUGGACUAUCUCCAUGCCAAGAACAUCAUCCACCGAGAUCUCAAGUCUAACAGUAUCUUCCUACACGAGGGGCUCACGGUGAAGAUCGGGGACUUCGGCCUGGCCACAGUGAAGACGCGGUGGAGUGGGGCCCAGCCUUUGGAGCAGCCCUCGGGCUCUGUGCUAUGGAUGGCAGCUGAGGUGAUCCGUAUGCAGGACCCGAACCCCUAUAGCUUCCAGUCGGAUGUCUACGCCUAUGGGGUUGUGCUCUACGAACUCAUGACCGGCUCGCUGCCUUACAGCCACAUUGGCAGCCGUGACCAGAUUAUCUUUAUGGUGGGCCGUGGCUAUCUGUCCCCGGACCUCAGCAAAAUCUCCAGCAACUGCCCCAAGGCCAUGAGGCGCCUGCUGUCUGACUGCCUCAAGUUCCAGCGGGAGGAGCGGCCCCUCUUCCCCCAGAUCCUGGCCACGAUUGAGCUGCUGCAGCGGUCACUCCCCAAGAUUGAGCGGAGUGCCUCCGAACCCUCCUUGCACCGUACCCAGGCUGAUGAGUUGCCUGCCUGCCUACUCAGCGCAGCCCGCCUUGUGCCUUAG